GGCGUAAAGGAGACGAAAUCAUUGCACGUGGGUUUUGCAAUUUUGUCUCGCUUGUGUGAUGAGAAGGUCGAACAGAUUGCACCAAUUUUCUUUAAAAAUAAAGCAUAUUACAGGCUGUUAGAAAGCAGGCAAUACCUAUCUGAAUUUAUUCAUAAAUCGUUUAGAAGAACAAGUGAAAAAUUCAUCGGAUUGUUAUUCAACCAUAUUUUCUACAGACAUCGCCGGCAUGGCGCAGUUGCGUUAUACGCGUGCAAUUGCCUGCGGUGCAUUUGUAACGGCUGGCCUAGUAGGUAUCUAUAUUUACAAAAAGCGAGGGCGGUCAAAGAAGAACCUUGACAACCAGAAACAAUCUAGUUUAUCUGAAACUUGUAGUACUGAACAUGAAUCCAAAUCAACAGUUUUAAAUAAAGACUCCAACCUGCUGCCACCGAGUGAUUGUAUUCAAGAUAAUAGUAAUCAACUAAAUACCAAAAACACAAAAGAUUCUUCUUUAUCUGAAGUUGCACAGGGCUUAGAAGACUUUGAGUUUGAUGAUGUUUUAUUGGUAACGGAUGUACCACUAAUUGAAAAAACCGAAGUAGUGGAUGAGAGUUGUGUAGAGACAUGCAUAGCACCCGUAAAUGAGGUACCUGCCCUAGAAUCUGUCGUAAACGAGGUACCUAUUGUAGAAUCUGUCAUUUCCGAAGAACAUACAACUUUGGAGCAAAGUGUAACGAAUAGUGAUUUAGAAAUUAAAGACCGUAUGUCUGAAGAGCCUACAAGAGAAAUUAACAGAGAGAGUGAAAAACAGGGAAUGUUAGAAUGGUCAAGUGAUGUGAAUGCUGAUGCAUCAGAAGGAGGCCUAGAAUUGCAUUCCGCUGUUAAAUUUCAGUCCAAGGACAAAGACCGGUGUCAUGUUGAAUCAGACCAAGGUUCAGAAGUAAACAGCGAGGGGUCAACAGACAGUGGCCGUGGUUCUACUACCAUUUUACCUCCUUGCUCAACCAUCUUGGAAACUGAAAAUAAACCAACUAUAUAUCAAUUUGAAUUUCCAAUCAGGCGUAUUGGCAAGAUGAUUGGGAAGCAGGGAAGAAGUAUUAAGGCCUUACAAGAGAAAACUGGAGCCAAAGUUGUUUUAGAAAAGAUCCCAUAUAAUAGGAAUUACCAGAACUGUGUUAUUAAAGGUCUCCCAAGCGAAGUUGAGGCUGCAAUUAAAGAAAUUCAAAUCCGUUUUCCGGAUGUUGAUGUGCAUCGUGUCGUUGAGUCUCCUCAGCCUGCCGCUCAACAGGAACCGUUAGUGCCAUCUUUGCAGUUGUUUGAUGAGAUUGUAAAUGACGUAUAUAUUUCGAAUGUGGUCACUGCAUGCCAUGUGUUUGUACAACAACCGCUGCAUCCCUCGUUCAGGGCGCUACCUCAUCUUCAGAACUGCAUGUCGUCCUGCUACUCACAAAUAGAUGCCACGCCACCACUCCCACAACCAGUCGAUGUGGGAAUAAUAUGUGUUGCACUUAUCAACGAAAGUUGGUGUAGGGCUCAGGUAAUCGCUGUACAUACGGACACGGACGAGAUAGACGUGAAGCUGCUCGAUUAUGGUGGCUACACUCGACUGGAUCAGGCCUGUCUACGUCAGAUUCGCAGCGACUUCAUGAGCCUCCCAUUUCAAGCUGUUGAAUGCUACCUUGCUCACAUAGCACCAAUGGAAGGAGAGGAGGGUUUCUCUGAUACUGCGUCUAAAUUCUUAGAUGAGCUAGCCCAGAGCUAUUCAUUCCUGGAAGCGGAAAUAGUGGCGUACUCUGAAGAUGGCUUGCCAAUGCUGGAACUGUUUUUCACAGAACAAGGCCAGAGAAAGAUGAUAAACAAAGAGCUUGUGGAACGUGGCUUAGUAUCUUGGUUUGAAAUCAAGUAGCUUACCUCCGCAUGGAAACCAACAGAUUACCUGGUAGGAUCAUCUCAAAACCUUCCAAUUUCUUGAUUUGAAAUUUUCUUAUAAUCUUGCCAGGAUCAUAGAUUAUCAUAGAUUAUCUCCAGGUUGAGAUAUCUGAAAUUGCAUUGCAUCCUGCUUCGUUUGCCUUUUAUCUCAAACCAGCCGCAUCUACCAAUCUUAUGGCUAUCAAGUGGAAAAUUUGUUGUUUGCUGCAAAUAGAGCUGGAGAAACAAGUCAUUGCUUUUGUUUCAUCUAAGACAAAAGCAUUGACCUAAGCCAGCAGUUGUGAGAGGUGACCGAAGCCAUCAGUUGUGAGAGUUGACCGAAGCCAUCUUCCGCAAAAGUUGACCAAAGCCAUUAGAUGUGAGAGUUGACCGAAGCCAUUAGUAGUGGGAGUUGACCGAAGCCAUCUGUUGCAAGAGUCGACCAAAGCCAUUUGUCGCAAGUGUUGACUGAAGCCAUCUGUCACAAAGUCGACUGAAGCCAUCUGUGGCAGGAGUUGACUGAAGCAGUUAGUUGCGAGAGUUGACCGGACGCCUCAGUCUCGAGUUGGCCGGAGCCAUUAGCCUCAAGUUGGCCUAAGCCUACAAGUGCAAAAGAUUGUUAGGUCUUCGGUUGCUUGAUUUAGCCUAGUUUUUACAAUGGUUGAUCUAGGCCUGCAUAUGAGUAUCAACAAAUGCCAGUGCAGUCUUAAUGAUUGUACACCUCAAUAGAGUUAAUGUACAGUAGGUCUGCAAUAUGCGAAACAACCUACAAGAAAUGUUAUGAGUUUUAUCUUAGUUUGCCACAAAUGAGAAGAAAUAUUUAUAUUAUUACAGAUGAAUUCCAUUUGAGUUAUUAAUAUCAUUUAUUUGGAUCUGGUCUGCCUCUAGGGUUAAAAUUUGUAUUUGCCCGUUAAUAGCAUUUAAUGCUUGUUUGGGGCCGUAUAGAUCUAAGUGGUUAAUUGGCAUUUAAUGCUAGUUUAGAACUAGUAGGCCCAAGAACAACAUGGAUAAAAGCUGAAAGAAAAUAUAUAUAACUUUAUAAACAUGAGGUACUUCUUUUUAUCAUGGAAACUAAGAUUGUUUUAGAAUUACGAGAAGAACUGGUUUUUAAAUGUGUAAUCAUGUACGUAAGUAGGUAGUUACAACAUUCGCUCUAAAUAUAAAUUCUUAUAAUGAAAUAAAUAGGUGAACAAAUAGAUGUGUUCUAAUAAUUGAGGAAGUCCAGUAUGUUUUAAAUGUCCCAGAAAAUGCCUUUAAGAAGGAGAAACUAAUUGCAUGUUUUUAACUUUGUAAAGAUAAAGAACAAGUUGUUGUGUUUAUUGUCCAAACAAGUCGUAGAAUAAUUUUCGAUUUCAGAUAUACCAAUAAGAAUUUAAUAUUUCUUUUUAAGGUUUACGUUACAGCAAGUGUUAAGAACUGACUGCAAUAUUCUGAGCUUUAUAAAAGGAUUUUAUAAUGAAGAAAACCUGAUUAAAUCUAGUGUACAUUCUGAGUAAUAAUGUGAAGAACAUUAGAUGCCUUUGCAUACUAGACAAAUCUAUUAUUAGUUGUAGUUAGUAAUAAUUAUUAAACAUGAAUUUAUUUUAAUUGUAUAUAUUCUGCUCUUUGAUAUUUUAUGUGAAAAUUAGAAGGAGAACCAUCAACAUUAGUCUUCUGGAUUUUUUUUUUCUUUUUCAAAAAUCUCCUAGUAUUUUACCAUGUUUGUUUGCCUCGCAAGAAAUGCAUACUUAAAAUUGGGUUUUCCCCAUUCAAUUCAUAUUGUAAUAUUUUCCUUCAACAGGAAAUCACGUUUCUCUGUAUUAAUUUAUAUUGCUAUUAAUUAUUUAAAAAGGACUUGCUUAUUUAUAAUUAAUUUCUUCCACAAUUUUUUUAUUUGUUCACUAACCCGUUAUUCCUAUUAGUUUUCCAUCAUUACUUUGCAUCCAAUAAUUUGUUAUAUCCUGGAAGUGUAGAUAAGGUUUUUUUUGGAAUCUCACCACAUAUAUUUCUCAUCCAGAAAUACUUGUCAGUUGAAAAAGAAAAGGGGGUCUGAUAAAUCAUGAAUGACCAGUUGAACAGUAAAGCCCCUUGUGUAUGUUAUUCAAGUGCAAACAGUGAUAUUAUUGAGCCUGUUUACAAUUGAACAUGGCUUAAAUCUUAUUAAUCUAAGAACUGGAGCCUGUUUCAAUCUAGGGCCCUAAGAUUUGUAUAAAGCAAAUCAUUUUAGUAGAAUUUUCUAGUUAUCAAAAAAUUUUUUUAAUUAAUGGGAUGAAGAUAAGGCAAUUAUUUUAGCUGUCUUGUAUGGAUAGGUGUCGGCUAACUCGUACCCACUAUGGCAAACUUGUACCCAAAAUUAGGUCAACUUGCGCAGAACUCCUAAACCACGUCUCUUUUCCUACCUACUCUGGUUUAAUAAUAAACAAAAUCUAAUUUUUGAAACUGCACUAAACUUACAGUAAGUGCUUAUCUAUGCCUCUAACACUACUAUUGUAAUAGCGCCCCCUUGUUAUAUAGUUUCCUUCCUGCAUAUUAAAAUCUUAUGAACAAGUUUGUCUUUAAUGAUAUAGUUUAACAUGAUUACAAUCAAAGUAGAUAAUGCUGUUUGCAUAAUAUUUGAAAUACAAAGGUAGAUCUUACACCAAACACCUGAGCCAGCCAAAGUUAUGGAUACGAGUCAGCCAAAAUUUGUGUACGAGUUGGCAUGGGUAUGAGUUAACCAGUAUUCUGUGUAUAUAGCAAAUGUUUGCCCUAUUCAUGAAUUGUUACAUAUCACUACUUAAAGAAACCCCACGAGAGUGUGUACAUGCAUAUUUUGCUACUGCAGAGAUUUAUCAGAGAUCUUAAUCACAGGAUUAAAUUCUAGUUACCAUGCUAUUUGCUAUCUUGAAGAAAUUAAUAUUGAGACACCAAAUUUAUAGUUUCCAUAUUAAUGUAAAAUUGUAAUUUUUGGUAUUAGAUAAGUGAACAUUGUGGCCGAAACCUGUCUUUAAAAAAUUAACCAUAUCAUUUAAAAUUGCCUUUCAGACUUUCUAUAACUGUGUCUAGUUUUCUAAAGAUUGACUUGAGGGAUUUAAGCCAAAAAAAUUGUCUGCAUUUUAACUUUUAUUAUUUUAUAUAAUUUUUAUAUUACAACUCAACCUGCCUUUAAAGAAUAACAUGCAGUAUGUACAGUAGAUGUCAAUUUCUGAGACUUGGAGAAAAACAAAAUAAAUGUUUCCAUCUGACCAUCCCAAUUUUUUUUUGCAAAAAUAAUUAAUACUUUUUUAGGCCUUUUCUCAAAUUACUUGCAAUCAUCAUGUAUCAUGAGGGAAGUGUGGUAAAUUAUCGCCUAACCUGGCAAUGCCUAUUACAUCUGAUUUCUUUUGACCAUGAGCUUAUUAAAUGCUUCUAUAAACUACAAUUUUAUUUCAUGAAAAUUUACAAACAAAAAUGAAAAAUUAUAGCCAUUGAAAAUUUACAAUUUUUAUGAAAUUUCAUGUUCUUAUUGUUCUUAUAUAGCAUUAAACUGUCAAUUUGACAAUGUUGGAAUAAGGUGCACAAAACGAACAUUUGAGUAGAUAUAGAAAAUUUAUUUUUUCUGCGAAGUGAGUCUCAAGAACAACAAUACACCACAACAUCAGUAAAAUUAAUGUUGAAAUAACGAAUAUAAUUUCAGUCUAAUGUUAGUGCAAAAUAUCAUUUUUGUAAUCACCGGAUGACACACGAUUAUAAUAGAAAACGCGCAUGGAUAAUUUGUCACACGCUGACGAUAAAUUAUGGUUUGGUUGCUAUGGUUUUUGUGACGAUCAGAGUGUAGGGGCUCGCUGCGAGUAGAAUGUCGAUGCCAGAGUUAUAUCCUUUGAUGUCCUGAAAAGUGUGUCCUUUUGUUGGAUUGCCUUGGUUAAAUUCACACAGCCAACAAAUUGAGCAUUGCAAACAUGUUUACAUGUUAAUGUAUUAAAGACUCGGCCUAUGCCAUCUAUGCAAGAGCAAAACUUAAUCAAUGUUUGUGACAAGAAAUACUAUUAUUACAUUAAUUUUGUCACAGCUUUUUGGGAAAUGAUUUAUUACCACUGUGAAUUUUAGACUGCUCCACUUGACUCAAACAAUUGUUGCCAAACACCUUACAAAUUUUUGCAAAGCAAGAAAAAAAAAAGAACUAUGCAACUGCAAUGUAUCAAGUCACAUGACCAUUAUUAGUCAUGUGACUUGUCUACUGUAGCUGAAUCUAUGAUUUAUAAUGGUUAUCAUGCCCUGGGUAGCAUUAUUUAAAUCUGUUCUUGUUUAUUGAUUAUACCAAAGAGUAUAGAACUGCAAGUGGUCCAACUCUUGAGGUUUAAUUGGAACACAAUCAAUCCUAUCUCAAAAAGUACUACCUCGGACUAGAGGGCAUCCUUCAAAAAACGUAUAAGGCAUUGGUAUCGAACUUAUGCUACGUCAAUAGAACCAUAGAGAUGACUCCAUAAUAGAACGCUUGGUUUCAAACUCUGUUCAAAUUCUAAUAGGGUGCGCCCCCCCCCCCCAAAUCUCAUUUUAUUGUGUGCAUACAAUAUCAGGGCAGUCAGACCUCUCUUGCAAUUCUAUACUCUUUAAUUAUACAUAUGUGGAGGAUUUUAGUAACUGGCCCCAAUAUGUUUCCCUUGAUAAUAGGGAAGAUGGGAUUUUUAUUGUUUCAAAUACUGUAAUAUAAAAUUCUGUUUCAUCAUUCUGUAAAUUCUAGUGAAAUUAUUAUCUUGUAGAAGUGAACUUGGCUCAUGACAACUGGUUGUCUGUCAAAAAAAAUUGUUAUAUUUAAUUUGUUUCCCCAGAUAUAUGAAGAUUAUAAAGAUAGUCUUUGAGAAAAGGUUUUGGUCUGUACUUUUCCAUGAAGUACUUAGUUGAUAAGGCAUCUUUUUUUAAAAAGAAAAAAUAAAGAUGACAAUGAUAAAAUUAA